CAAAAUGUAGGAAACAGGAAAUAAACAUUAACCGUUGAAGCCGAGGAAAGGGGGCAUUUCUGUCUCAAAGUACAACACGUUUCCGUUGCACUAGUCCAUUUUGUCUCUUCGAUUACAAAGCGCGUCUUAAAAGAAAAAGGCAACCCUGUACAGUACUCAUUUUGGUACAGCCUGACCCAGGAAGGUGCUAUGCAUCGCUAGUCCUUUUAAGGGGACAGGUGGAAAGUUAACCCCUUUUCAGCCGGAGAAGAGUAGCUGAAGAUUGCACAGCCCGGAAAAGUUGUGGAAUUGGAGCAGCAGGAGAGCGAGAAAGGGGGGUGGGUGCGAGGGAGUCCCCCUGGGAAAGACCGUGAGCUUAGAGAAGAAGCGGGGCGGGGAGUAGGACUCCUGGGUCCCUUGCGAGGAGAGGGAAGGGUCUUGUGGCGGGUGUUGCAUGAUCUCAAUCUUGCCUUGGGGCUGGGCAGGAUCUGCAGGAAAGCUCCGGACUCCGCAGCAGACCGACAGCUGCCAGGAAGAUGAAGGAAGAAAAUAUUUUCCUCUUCGUCCCCAACCUCAUUGGUUAUGCCCGCAUAAUUUUCGCUUUCAUUGCUUUCUAUUUUAUGCCAACGUCCCAUGUGGUGGCAUCAUUCUUUUACCUGUUUAGUGGUUUCCUUGAUGCCUUUGAUGGUCAUGCAGCCCGGGCCCUUAACCAAGGUACCCGCUUCGGCGCCAUGCUGGACAUGUUGACCGACCGCUGUGCCACUAUGUGCCUCUUGGUAAAUCUGGCUAUGCUUUAUCCUGAAUCUGCCCUCUGGUUCCAACUGAGCAUGAGCCUGGAUGUGGCCUCCCAUUGGCUUCAUCUCCACAGCACUGUGGUGAAAGGUGGAGAGAGCCACAAGAGCAUUGACCUAUCAGGGAACAAGAUUCUGCGAAUAUAUUACAACUCACGGACCGUCCUCUUCAUUAUGUGCGCUGGUAAUGAACUCUUUUACUGUAUGCUGUACUUGCUGUGUUUUGGUGAAGGACCAGAAAUCUUGGCAGGACCCAUUGGCCUCUACCGCCUCGUUCUAUGGGUUUGCGCUCCCAUUGCCAUUGCGAAGAGUCUCAUCAGCCUAAUCCACUUGGUCUCUGCCUCGUGCAAUAUGGCUGCCUUGGAUGCUGCUGAACGGGCAAAAAGGGAGUAGCAUUUCAAGGCUGUAGCAGACGACCAGAACCAUUACUCCCUUUGCUCUCCUUGUGGGACUACCUUCUGACCCUCCCCACAGUGGGCUGAGGCUUCACUUCAAAUUAGCCACUCUGGUGAUGCAUUUCUUGCUUGAUGUGAUGACCCCACCUUCCCAUCAUUAAGUUUGUGGUCUGUGUGGGAUGAUGAAAUUGGUCCUGUCUUCCCCCUUCACUCCUAUAUAAUGUCUUGCACUGUAUAGGAGAAAAUGGGCUAAUCAGGCAGAAUUUGCCUAAACCUUGGGUUGAAAAAGAGGAAAUAUGGCCCACCAUUUUGAAAGAGAGCUUAAUUGGGUGUCACUGGAGAUUUUUGAGGUCUCUGCAUCAUCCUGCAGGUGUUAUCUUUGGGGGAACAAAAUUCAGCUGGGAGAGGAAUUGUGAUCAGCCCUGUCCUAGCUCCCCCACCCUCAAAAAAUGACAGAAUCAUUCUCAAAAUUGUAUGUGUUUAUCUGGGCCUCAGAAAGGAGUGAAUUAGCCAUUUGGCUAUUAUUUACUUUUGACCAUGCUAAUACAAGUUUUUAAAAAAUGAAUUUCUGAUGUUCUUAUGUCUGGCAAACAGAAUUCCUAAAUACCUGUUUACAUCUGUCCAAUCUACAGCCCUCAAGUACUUCUAUAAUCCUAUGAGGGCCUGGAGUCUUAAGAUCCCAGUUCCCGCUGUGCAAUAUUAUCCUCCUGGAAUUCUCUCUUGUUGUUCAGUUUAACCUUUGUGCAUCUAUUUAGCAGAUGAUCUAGGCCAGUGGUCCUUAACCUUGGGCCUCCAGAUCUUCCUGGACUACAACUCCCAGAAACCUUCAGCAACACCU